AUGUAUAGAGAUCGAACGAAUUUAUUUCUAUCAUACCGUCGAACAGCUCCGAGGAACGAGAUGUCCUCGACGUUCAGCACUCUUUCCGAGGAAGAACAAGGGCUUAUGGGAUCUAGACGGAAUAAGAAACAAUCCACAAACACCUCAACAAAUCCAAAUUCUAAAGGAUAUAGAGACUCAAUUGAGAUGAAAACAUUACCUCCAUCAUUUUUCGACAUUGCCCUGGAAAUUGAUGACCAUCUCAAGACAAUAACAGCCAAAAUCUCCACCCUCAACUCUCUUUAUAAGAAGAACCUUCUUCCCGGAUUCAAUGAUAGAACGGCAGACGACGUCGAGAUUGACCAACUAAACUAUACCAUAACGAAAACGUUCCAAUCAUGCUAUGUGUUGGUGAAAAAAUUUGAAUUCCUUCAGAAAAAUGCAUCAAAGUUGAAUUACUCUAAAGAUGAAGUGUCAAUGAUUGAAAAUUUAAAGAAAACUUAUGCCCAAAAGAUCCAAAGUUCAAGUUCAAACUUUAGAAAGAUCCAAAACAAUUAUAUCAAGUUUUUAAAAGAAGAUGAAUAUGAACUGGCACCUCUAUUGAGUCUGGCUGGUCCAACUGUAGACACGUCAAAUCAGCUUUCCACGCCCUUGCAGCAGCAGCAACAACAACUGCAACGCUCUUCAGAAGAUAUCGAAUCGUAUUCUCGCCAGGCACUUCAACAAUCACAACUUGCAUCCAAUCUGACAAAUGAACAAUAUAUCCUCCAAAGAGAACAGGAAAUCUCGAAAUUGGCCAUGGGUGUUCUUGAAGUCUCUUCCAUCUUCCGUGAAAUGGAAUCUCUCAUCAUUGAUCAGGGUACUAUUCUUGAUCGGAUUGACUACAAUUUGGCCAGUACAGUGGAAGAUCUCAAGGUUGCUGACAAGGAGUUGAUCCAGGGAAGCUCUUACCAGAAGAGGACCCAGAAAUGUAAAAUCAUUUUCCUUUUAAGUUUGAUAGUGUUUGCCCUUUUGAUGAUUGUAUUGGUGAAACCACACACUAGGACUGUUGAGAAGAAAGUUGAAGUAACGAAACCAAGUAUUGAUGUCACUGAGCCUGAUUCUGAGGCUAUUACUCCAAAUAUUGAAGACGGGUUAUUAUAA